AUGAACCUGGAGGUAGUUGAAGGAAAUCAGUAUACCAAGACUAGCUUGCAUUAAAAAGUUUAAACAAUGCAUUAAGAAAUUAAAAUGAAAGUGGAAAAGGAAGUAAACUUGAACGAAAUCUUAGAAAUUUUACAUCUCGCACUCAUACAGCAAAUACAAGUUUCAGCAGAUUUGCAAAUCAAUAUCUCUCAUGAUAAUCUGAAUCUCUCAGGAACCUAGGAAUAACUCAGAGCCUCUCCGAUGCUUAGAUUUAACAAUCUAAAAAAAACAAGGCCAGUAACAGCUAAAACAAGUCCUCAAAAUAUAAAGCAUAUGCAAGGGAAUUUUCUUCACUAAGAUAUCUCAGACAUUAACAUUAGGACAGUAAAGAGAAAUAAAGCUGUUUUCUACUAAAAUAGUAACUUGGAAAGUUCAGCCAUUCUUUUAGAUUAGCAGUCAAAUAUGAAUAUGAGUUAGACUUUGUUCCACAAAAAGCCUAUCAGCAAUGAUACCAGAUCUAAUUUCUCUAUUAGUCCUUCAAAGUUUAAAAUACAAAAGAACGUUCAUGAAUUGACCUAAUCCCUAGAUGAAGAUUAAAUUAAAUAAAUAUUUGAGGCUAAGCUGAAAGAUAAUCAUCUACCUUAUCAAGAUAAGUCCUUUAAUCACUUCUAUUAUAACUAUUCCAACGAGGGUCCUAAUAAAAACAUAUUGGGCCCAAAAGGUGCAUUUGGAAUAAAAGACUAUUUUAUAAAAAAGGGCAUAAAUGUCAGAGGAAACUUAUUUGAUAAAAAAGGUCUAAUAAAUCUUAUAAGAAGAGCCCCAAGGACAUUAAAGGAGCUAGAUAUAAGUGAUAACGAUAUAAAAGAUAAAGGAAUUACUGCUUUUGCUGAAAUAUUAUAUAAUCAUAAUCAUGGAAAUGUUGGUUCAGAUUCUGAUGAUGAAGUAAGUAAAGAUAUAUUUAGCAAGGAAAAUACCCAAAGACUCAAAUCUAUUAAAAUUCUAGAUGAUGAAUUUGAUCCUGAUAAUCUUCCCUCUUUAUCUUACUUGAACAUAUCUAAAUGUGGAAUUUCUUGGAGAGGAUUAGAUGCUUUAACAACGAGGCUUAUGAUGGAUGGGUCAUUAAGAACAUUGAUAUUAGAUCAAAACAACUUCGAAGGAAAAGGCUUUUUAUUUUUCGAAAGAUUCCUGGUGUUCAAUAACUCUAUCGAGAAACUAUCGAUGAAUGAAUGCCAUGUCAAUGAUGAACUAGCUAUAUAAAUGGAAAACUUGAAAAUAAAAUAAAACGACAUAUUUCUCGAGGGAGGUUAAUACCUUGCCCACUCAAUGCUUGAUAAUAGAUAAAUUAAAACAAUUUAAGCUGAGAACAAUGUGUUCUAUAUUAAGUAUGUAGAUAAGAUGAAGGAAUACUCUAAAAGAAACUACUAAACUUUUUUAGAAUAAUAAUUCCCUCGUUUUAUUGAAGAAAAAGAGAGACUCUCUAAGAUUAAGGCUUAAAAGGGUGUCUUUCACAUGCUUAAGACAGAAGUAGAAAAAGAGGAUAGAAAAAUGCAUGAUAAACUUAAGAAAACUUUAAAGGAAUUUGAGGAAUUUAAAAAAUACGAGUAGACAAGAUAUCAAUAUCUUUUGGAAAAAGCAUAAAGCAUGAAGGACCUAGUUAAGCAAAAGCAAAAAGACUAUGUAAAAGCCUGCGACAGAGAAAAGUAUUUAGAAAUUCACGGGGAGAAGCAAAUCAGAGAAUUAAUUCAUUUCUCUGAUAAUUUUGAAAAAGACAAGGAUUACAUUCAAGAUGAUAUUAAUUAUCGAAAAGGAAAAGCCAGAGAAAAGAGAUCAUACUAUAAUGAUGAAAUUAGAUAGCUGAAUAGGACCUUAAAUGAAUAAUAAGAAAAAUUAAAUAGAGCAUUUUUAGCUUGUAGGGCCUAGGAAAAUGAGCUAGCUUCAUUCAUUAAAAAGAAUCAAUAUAGAAAAUAAAGUACAGUCAGAAUAGAUGGAGCGAGAUCAUCAGAUGAUUCUGGCGCAGCUUUCAAAAGAUCUCCUACAAAGAGAGGUUUAUCAUCUAAGACUAUUUCCAGAAGGAGUUCUUAGAUUAGUAAUGGAAUGAAUUAAGACAUGAAUGAUAUGAUGAAAACUUAAGAUAUCAAUGACUAAUCUGAUUUUAAUGCUAUUAAUGAGCAAUAAAAAAAGAAAAAGAAAAAGGGGAAAUCAAGAAACAGAAAAAAGAAAAAUAACGAUCAUACAAUUGAUAGCAGAGGAGAUAUGUCAAGUAGCAAAUAAUCAAAGUCAUUCUUUAAAUCUCCGAUAUAAAAUAAAUGA